AUGUUGCUCCUGAACUUUCAGAGCGAGACCCGAGCCCAGGAUCCCCUGAGGUCAGAGAUCAGAGUCAGUGUCAGAGUCAGAGUCAGUGUCAGAGUCAGUGUCAGUGUCAGAGUCAGUGUCAGAGUCAGAGUCAGAGUCAGUGUCAGAGUCAGAGUCAGUGCCAGAGUCAGUGUCAGUGUAAGAGUCAGUGUCAGAGUCAGUGUCAGAGUCAGUGUCAGAGUCAGAGUCAGUGUAAGAGUCAGUGUCAUAGUCAGUGUCAGAGUCAGAGUCAGUGUCAGAGUCAGUGUCAGUGUCAGUGUCAGUGUCAGAGUCAGAGUCAGAGUCAGUGUCAGAGUCAGAGAUCAGUGUCAGUGUUUGAGUCAGUGUAAGAGUCAGUGUCAGUGUCAGAGUCAGUGUCAGUGUCAGUGUCAGAGUCAGAGUGAAUGUCAGUGUCAGAGUCAGUGUCAGAGUCAGAGUCAGAGUCAGUGUCAGAGUCAGAGUCAGUGCCAGACUCAGUGUCAGUGUAAGAGUCAGUGUCAGAGUCAGUGUCAGAGUCAGUGUCAGAGUCAGAGUCAGUGUAAGAGUCAGUGUCAGAGUCAGUGUCAGAGUCAGAGUCAGUGUCAGUGUCAGUGUCAGUGUCAGAGUCAGAGUCAGUGUCAGAGUCAGUGUCAGUGUCAGAGUCAGAGUCAGAGUCAGUGUCAGAGUCAGAGUCAGAGUCAGAGUCAGAGUCAGUGUCAGUGUUUGAGUCAGUGUAAGAGUCAGUGUCAGAGUCAGUGUCAGUGUCAGAGUCAAUGUCAGUGUCAGAGUCAGAGUCAGUGUCAGAGUCAGUGUAAGAGUCAGUGUCAGUGUAAGAGUCAGUGUAAGAGUCAGUGUCAGUGUCAGAGUCAGUGUCAGAGUCAGUGUCAGAGUCAGAAGUCAGUGUCAGAGUCAGUGUCAGAGUCAGUGUCAGUGUCAGAGUCAAUGUCAGUGUCAGUGUCAGAGUCAAUGUCAGUGUCAGUGUCAGAGUCAGUGUCAGAGUCAGAGUCAGUGUCAGAGUCAGUGUCAGAGUCAGUGUCAGUGUCAGAGUCAGAGUCAGUGUCAGAGUCAGAGUCAGUGUCAGAGUCAGAGUCAGUGUCAGAGUCAGUGUCAGUGUCAGAGUCAGUGUCAGAGUCAGUGUCAGAGUCAGUGUCAGUGUCAGAGUCAGUGUCAGAGUCAGAGUCAGUGUCAGAGUCAGAGUCAGAGUCAGAGUCAGUGUCAGAGUCAGAGUCAGUGUCAGAGUCAGUGUCAGAGUCAGUGUCAGAGUCAGAGUCAGAGUCAGAGUCAGAGUCAGAGUCAGUGUCAGAGUCAGUGUCAGUGUCAGAGUCAGUGUCAGAGUCAGUGUCAGAGUCAGAGUCAGUGUCAGAGUCAGUGUCAGAGUCAGUGUCAGAGUCAGAGUCAGAGUCAGAGUCAGUGUCAGUGUCAGUGUCAGAGUCAGUGUCAGUCAGUGUCAGAGUCAGAGUCAGUGUCAGUGUCAGAGUCAGUGUCAGAGUCAGUCAGAGUCAGAGUCAGUGUCAGUGUCAGAGUCAGUGUCAGAGUCAGUCAGAGUCAGAGUCAGUGUCAGUGUCAGAGUCAGAGUCAGUGUCAGUGUCAGUGUCAGUGUCAGAGUCAGAGUCAGUGUCAGUGUCAGAGUCAGAGUCAGAGUCAGAGUCAGUGUCAGUGUCAGUGUCAGAGUCAGAGUCAGUGUCAGAGUCAGUGUCAGUGUCAGAGUCAGUGUCAGUGUCAGUGUCAGUGUCAGAGUCAGAGUCAGUGUCAGAGUCAGAGUCAGAGUCAGAGUCAGUGUCAGUGUCAGUGUCAGAGUCAGUGUCAGAGUCAGAGUCAGUGUCAGAGUCAGAGUCAGUGUCAGAGUCAGUGUCAGAGUCAGUGUCAGAGUCAGUGUCAGUGUCAGAAUCAGUGUCAGAGUCAGUGUCAGAGUCAGAGUCAGUGUCAGAGUCAGUGUCAGAGUCAGAGUCAGAGUCAGUGUCAGUGUCAGAAUCAGUGUCAGAGUCAGUGUCAGAGUCAGAGUCAGUGUCAGAGUCAGUGUCAGAGUCAGAGUCAGUGUCAGAGUCAGAGUCAGUGUCAGAGUCAGUGUCAGAGUCAGAGUCAGUGUCAGAGUCAGUGUCAGAGUCAGUGUCAGAGUCAGUGUCAGAGUCAGAGUCAGUGUCAGAGUCAGUGUCAGAGUCAGAGUCAGAGUCAGAGUCAGAGUCGGUGUCAGUGUCAGUGUCAGUGUCAGAGUCAGAGUCAGAGUCAGAGUCAGAGUCAGAGUCAGAGUCGGUGUCAGUGUCAGUGUCAGAGUCAGAGUCAGUGUCAGAGUCAGUGUCAGAGUCAGUGUCAGAGUCAGUGUCAGAGUCAGAGUCAGAGUCAGUGUCAGAGUCAGUGUCAGAGUCAGAGUCAGAGUCAGAGUCAGUGUCAGAGUCAGAGUCAGUGUCAGAGUCAGAGUCAGAGUCAGUGUCAGAGUCAGUGUCAGAGUCAGAGUCAGUGUCAGAGUCAGAGUCAGAGUCAGUGUCAGAGUCAGAGUCAGAGUCAGAGUCAGUGUCAGAGUCAGUGUCAGAGUCAGUGUCAGAGUCAGAGUCAGUGUCAGUGUCAGAGUCAGAGUCAGUGUCAGAGUCGGUAUCAGUGUCAGUGUCAGAGUCAGAGUCAGUGUCAGUGUCAGAGUCAGAGUCAGUGUCAGAGUCAGAGUCAGUGUCAGUGUCAGAGUCAGUGUCAGAGUCAGAGAUACCUCAGAGCUGA